GGGCGGAGCGGGCGUUGCGCGCCUGAGAUGUAAAAGCGCUGCGCGGCGCUGCUUUGCCCGCGGCGCGCCUUCGCCUGCCCCUGAGCCCGCGGGCGCCGGGCUCUCCCGUCGGCGCGGCCCAGACACAAAGAUGGAGUGCCAGAAAAUCAUCAAUUUUGGAAACCAGCUUCUUCGCCGGAAAAACGUGGACUGCACUCGAGAAGACAGUCGGCUCUCGCGAUGCCUCAACACGUUUGACUUAGUGGCUCUGGGUGUAGGCAGCACUUUGGGUGCAGGUGUCUAUGUACUGGCUGGAGCCGUGGCACGGGAGAAUGCGGGACCUGCCAUCGUUAUCUCCUUCUUGAUUGCUGCCUUGGCUUCAGUGCUGGCUGGACUCUGCUAUGGAGAAUUUGGUGCUCGGGUUCCUAAGACGGGAUCAGCUUAUCUGUACAGCUACGUGACCGUGGGCGAGCUGUGGGCCUUCGUCACAGGGUGGAAUUUAAUCCUCUCCUAUGUUAUUGGAACCUCGAGUGUGGCCAGAGCCUGGAGUGCGACGUUUGAUGAGAUCAUAGGCCGGCACCUUGAAGAGUUUUGCAAAAGAUACAUGAAGAUGGAUGCUCCUGGAGUGCUGGCAGAAUACCCAGACAUCUUUGCCGUGGUGAUAAUCACCAUCCUAACAGGGCUUUUAAUUUUUGGCGUGAAGGAAUCUGCCCUGGUGAACAAAGUGUUCACCUGCAUCAACAUCCUUGUUCUUGGCUUCGUCAUGGUCUCAGGCUUCGUGAAAGGGUCUAUUAAAAACUGGCAGCUGACUGAACAGGACAUUUACAACACCAGCCAUGGCACUUAUGGAGACAAUCAAACACAGGAGGAAAAGCUCUACGGUGUUGGAGGGUUUAUGCCCUAUGGAUUGAAAGGAGUCCUCUCAGGGGCAGCCACGUGUUUUUAUGCUUUCGUGGGAUUUGACUGUAUUGCCACUACAGGUGAGGAGGUAAAAAACCCUCAGAAGGCCAUUCCUAUUGGCAUUGUGGCAUCUCUGCUCAUCUGCUUUGUGGCUUAUUUUGGCGUGUCAGCUGCCCUGACGCUCAUGAUGCCUUACUACCAGCUGGAUACCAAUAGCCCUUUACCCAAUGCCUUUAAAUAUGUGGGUUGGGAUGGAGCCAAUUAUGCUGUGGCUGUUGGUUCUUUGUGUGCGCUAUCUACGAGUCUCCUUGGCUCCAUGUUUCCAAUGCCUCGAAUAAUUUAUGCUAUGGCAGAAGAUGGACUUCUUUUUAAAUUUUUGGCUAAAGUCAAUGAGAAAAGAAAAACUCCAAUAAUUGCAACAGUGACUUCAGGAAUCAUUGCAGCUGUAAUGGCCUUUCUCUUUGACUUGAAAGAUCUUGUGGAUCUCAUGUCCAUUGGGACCCUCCUGGCUUACUCCUUGGUGGCAGCCUGCGUGUUGGUACUAAGGUAUCAGCCAGAGCAGCCUAAUUUGGCAUACCAGAUGGCUAGGACAACAGAGGAGACAGAUAACAAUGAGUCUGUGAGCACCACUGAGUCUCAGGCUGGAUUUCUGCCAGAGGAAGAGGAGAAGUGUUCCCUCAAAGCCAUAUUGUGUCCCCCAAAUUCGGACCCUUCCAAAUUCUCUGGCUCGGUGGUGAACAUCUCAACCUUCAUCAUUGGUUUCCUUAUUGUGGGUAGCUGUAUCUUGACUGCUCUUGAGCCAAGUGUUCUGAUAAAGGCUAUAUGGAUUAUUGCUGCCAUCCUUGUUCUUUUUGUCAGCUUUGUUAUAUGGAAACAGCCUGAAAGCAAAACCAAGCUCUCCUUUAAGGUACCUCUUUUGCCCCUUCUUCCUGUUGUGAGUAUUUUUGUGAAUGUUUACCUCAUGAUGCAGCUAGACCUUGGCACAUGGAUCCGGUUUGCAGUUUGGAUGCUCAUAGGUUUUAUCAUCUACUUUACUUACGGAAUAUGGCACAGUGUGGAAGCCACCUAUGCUGCCUCAGCAGAUGCGGAGAGAAACACGGAUGCUGGCUCAGAGAGCUGUAAAUGACUGCAUGUUUGGCUAUGGGCAACUGGGGAAUGGCUGCAGUGAAGGAAGCUUUGCAAGUGGGGGUCCUGAACCAGGUUAUGUCUGGUUAAUCAGUGAUGCAGGAAUAAGGAAGCAUAAUGCGGGACUCCCCAGCCCUGUUGCUGCAGCUUGCGCAGUCUGCUUAGUAGCCCAGUUAAAAGGGAUCACAAGAUAAAAAGCCACACCUCUGGCAUACUCCUGGGAGCACUCUCAGCUAAUCUGGGGCUAUGCGCUUCCCUUCCUCCUUCUUCUGCGUUUUAUUUUUUUCCCAGUGUGUAGAAAGAAAACUGCUUCUGUGUGCCACUUAACCUUAAAUGCUGCUAUGAAACCAGGCCUCACCAAGGUCUUUCUUUCAGUAGCCCCAGGAAUUACCUCCCCACAGAUACUCUACCUGAUUUUGCAGUGCUACUGUCAGGUUUAGAGCAGAUCUGUCCUUCACCUGAUGUGAGCUGUACCCCACGUGUACGCACAAGAAAAGGUUCUCUCCAAACACUGGCUUUCACCUGAUUAAGAAAGCACCUGCAGGACUUGCAUUCUUCAGAGUAUCAGAUCUCAUAGUUUUUGUGUAUUUAACUUUUUCUUAACUGCAUACUCGUAUGCUUUAAGGCACAUUGCUGCUGUGAAUUGCUGGGCUACAAGUUGCUGCUUGUUGGGUGAAUGGUCACUUGUCAGCAUGCAGGGAGUGCCAACAGAUGUUUCUGCUUAUAUGCUCAGCAGAGGGAUUGCCAGCUUGCCUUAUAAAACUAUGUAGUGCAAGAACUUGAAUGGCUUGAAAAGAGCGGGUGUCUCCAAAGAGCUCUCUUACUUCUUCGCCUCGGAAAUCACCAGCGCUGUGGCUGCAGUGGUGGGGUGGCUAGUAGAAGGGAGCCCAGCUCUGGUAACAAGCACGACCCUGUUUUCCUCUCCUUGCAGCAGUUUUAUGUGCUGGCCAGGUGGCAUUAGCAAAGGAUUUGACUGUGAGACUUUGAUUUGGCAUUGGCAGGUGGAGCAUGUUUUACUCCUGAGAAGGGGAAGCAUGGGAGGAUCCUCGGUGGCUUGAACUUCUUCCAUGAGCAAUGCCUGGUGUCUGCCCCCUGCCCAGGGGAGGGCUGUGAGGGUGUGCAGGGGCUCCUUGGUCCUGGUAGAGUAUGCAGCCUAGAAAACACUGCUAAGCUCUAGGGUACAACUUGCUGAGAAGAGCUUUCCCUUUGUGGCUGGAGAUCAUCUCCAGAGCUGGGCUGUUGGGAAAGGUGGGAAAUGAGAGUUCAGACCAGGGUCUGUGUUUGGUUGACAAUGCCUUGGUUUUGCUGUAAGAUGAAACAUUUCCUUAAUUUUCUGCAUCAUGGCUUUCCCAAGCCAGAUUCAGUACCCAAAAAAAAAGUUUUGUUAAAGCAUAAGUAAGAUGGGCAUUGCCCCUUGUUGUAUCACUGAUUUAAAUUCAAACGAACAGGGGAGGGAGAUUAAGGUUGGAUAUAAGGAAGAAAUUCUUUACUGUGAGAGUGAUGAGGCACUGGAAUAGGCUGCUCAAGAAAGUUGUGGCUGCCCCAUCCCUGGCAUUGUUCAAAGCCAGGCUGGACAGGGUGUCCCUGCCCGUGGCAGGGGGUUGGAACUAGAUGAUCUUACAGACCUUUCUAGUCCAAACCAGUCUGUGACUCUCAAUUCACACUUCAGCUUGUAUUGAAAAACAAAUCGUAGAAUGGUUUAGGUUGGAAGGGACCUCUGAAGACUGUCUGUUCCAGCUUCCCUUCUAUGGCCAGGAACAUUUUGACUAGAUCAGGUGGCUCAAAGCCCCAUCCAACGUAACUUCAAACACUUUCAGUGAUACAUCAUCCCAAAUCACCUCUCCUAACCUGACUGGAUGCUUUCCUAGGUGUCUGUCCUCCACACUGCUGUCUCUGAACACUGGACAGUCUUUAAAUCUGUUUGUCAGCAUGGCUGUUGCUGACAAAAGGCCAGGCUCUUGUCCCUGUUGUUCAGUUGGAGAACUGAAGAACAGAUCCCUGCAUGAC